AUGGUGUAUUCAUGGUGUGGUUCUCCCCAUCCAGGGCCCAUCAGGAACAGCUCUCUGCUCAGGAAGUGGAGUCAGACAAACAAGAGUAGGAAGCUGGACUACAACAUGCUGACCGAGCCACAGCAGACCACAGGUGAGUGAGCUCACUCCUAAUACCACCUGGUUGACCUAUACAACCUGAGGAGGGAAGACUCAUCCAACACUGUAUAUUCUGCCUCAGAUAGAGGGGUUUCCUUCCUUUGAUGUACUGAAACUCCCAGGCUUUACACACCCAUGGCAAGUGCAGAAAAUCGAUUGUUACUGUACAGUUUUAUUACAUACUAGUAACAUUUAUACAGACAGCCUAUCAUAUUUAGGGGUGAAGUCCAUUUCCAGUCCAAGGCCAAUGUUGAGACUCUAUAGCCCCCCCAUCCCUCCAAUUCAUCAACCAUACCCUGCUUCUAAUGUGUAAUCAAUGUUCAGUUCCCACUCAGCACUCACAUUCCAUUAUGCUUACAUUCAGUCUCGCUCCUUUGAAUGAGUAGUCUGGUGGAACGAGACAAUGGCGUUAACCUGCCAGGAUCAUAGCAGAGCAAACAAUAGCAUGGAGUUUAUAUUCACAUGAGUGUAGUUUAAUUUAAGCAACCAUUCAUUAAAUCCCGUCCAAAGUAAUAUGUAAGCCAACACACACAUUAUCCAAGUACAGGAAAUUAAAACUAAGUACCUAAUGUCACCACAGGGUUGAAAACCACUGGCUUUUGAUCACUUUGCAAGUGUUUUUAAAUGAAAAGAGAGAGAGAGGGGUCACUACGUCUGUUGAGAUUGUCUACCGACAAUAGCACACAUCCAGACAACGUCCACCAAUAGAUCACUUCACUUCUCUCUCCAUGCCUCCCAAGGGGCUCGUUCCAAUGAAGAAAUCUAUUGUUCAGAGAUCGAUGGUAUGUUGCUAAUGCAAUGCAGCGAGUUUCUUCACAUCUUUGGAAAUCCUCAGAGUUGAACAUGUGGCAGACAAAAGCUAGACAACGUGCCUCUUUCCCUCCUCCUCAUCUGCCAUCUGAGUUGGCUUGGAAAAACGCAGGCUCCCCUGGGCGUCUCAACUCAGCAGAAAAUGGUAGUAGCAGACUUCUCUUAAACUGUGUAACCUUCCCCCCCGGUUGUGACCCGUAUCUCCUUGUCUAUGUCUCCCUCCUCCCAAUCUGCAUGUAUGACAGGCGUGACUGAAUGGACAUCCUGGUUCAACAUUGACCAUCCAGGGGGGAAUGGAGACUACGAGCGGUUAGAGGCCAUCCGGUUCUACUACAGGGAGAGGGUGUGUGCCCGGCCUGUGGCCAUGGAGGCCCGCACCACGGACUGGGUGGCAGCAGCAGAGACUGGGGAGGUGACUCACUUCAGCCUGGAGAAGGGCUUCUGGUGCAUCAACAAGGAGCAGCCCUACGGGCGCAUCUGCUCCAACUACUACGUCCGCUUCCAGUGCCCACCAGGUACCCACAGACCACCAUACCUCAUUCACAUGGGUUAUAAAGUAGAUGUGCUAUAAUAGCUUUGAGUUCAGGAUUCUGAACCCAUACUGUGCUUAGGGGAUAGUGGAAUUUUGUGAAGGGAUUAGCCAAUUAUCCCUGUCACCCCUAGUUACUGUGCUGUAUACUGAGUCGAAACAGAACCUCAGUGGAGGUAAGGCCACUUAAGCCAUGCAUCUGCUGCUCUGUUAUGGCCACUAAUGAUCUGUUAGUCUUUGUUCAACUGUGAAAGUCCUGGACUUAUUUUUGCAAACUACAGGCUACGUUACUUACUUAAAGAUGCCGUAUCUUAAUUUGAGCCAGUUUGCUACAGCAGGAGAAGAAUCCUGGAGCAACAGGAAAGGUGAAUUAUGACGUGGAUUGAUACAUUUUUAGUCAGGGCAAAUCAAGUCUGACAUUUUAAAGUGGAAAUUACAAUCUUUAGAAGGCUUUUUAAACCUUGAAUACACUACACUUUUGCAUUUCCUGCUGUGCAGGGAAAUUCUCAGCAACAAAAGAGUGAUCCAAUUAAUAUACUACAUGUGUAAUUCUCAGUUCAGGACUGGAUUUUAGGUCUGUGACCAUUCUACCCAUUCUAUUUCUGUGUGGAUUCCAUACUCACCCUUGUCACAAUGUCUUGUCUUGUGUGUCCAGUUCAGGCCUACUGGACGGACUGGGCUGUCUGGGGCCCCUGCUCUGCUACAGCCUGUAAUGACGUGGGCAUUCAGGUCCGUCAGAGGAAGUGUAUGAGCAUCCAGCCCCUGCCCUUGCUGCUGGUUCCCCCAUGCCAGGGGCCCCAGACAGAGAGGAGGGAGUGUGCCACCCUGCCAUGUGAAGGUAUCCUCACAACACAACUUACACAUAGACCUACAGUAUACAUCUAUCUCUCUAUCGUAAUUGCUCCUCUUUCACCCCAGCUGCCAAACUAACCCUGAUUCAGAUGACCAUCCUACCCAUGCUAGAUUAUGGAGACGUAAUUUAUAGAUCGGCAGGUAAGGGUGCUCUCGAGCGGCUAGAUGUUCUUUACCAUUCGGCUAUCAGAUUUGCCACCAAUGCUCCUUAUAGGACACAUCACUGCACUCUAUACUCCUCUGUAUACCCGUCGCAAGACCCACUGGUUGAUGCUUAUUUAUAAAACCCUCUUAGGCCUCACUCCCCCCUAUCUGAGAUACCUACUGCAGCCCUCAUCCUCCACAUACAACACCCGUUCUGCCAGUCACAUUCUGUAAAGGUCCCCAAAGCACACACAUCCCUGGGUCGCUCCUCUUUCCAGUUCGCUGCAGCUAGCGACAGGAACGAGCUGCAAGAAAACAGUCAGUUUUAUCUCCAUCUCUUCAAGGACUCAAUCAUGGACACUCUUACUGACAGUUCUGGCUGCUUCGUGUGAUUUAUUGUUGUCUCUACCUUCUUGCCUUUGUGCUGUUGUCUGUGCCCAAUAAUGUUGAACCAUGUUUUGUGCUGCUACCAUGUUGUGCUGCUGCCAUGUUGUGUUGCUAUCAUGUUGUUGUCAUGUGGUGUUGCUACCAUGCUGUGUUGUGAUGUGUUGCUGCCAUGCUAUGUUGUUGUCUUAGGUCUCUCUUUAUGUAAUGUUGUGGUGUCUCUCUUGUCGUGAUGUGUGUUUUGUCCUAUAUUUGUAUUUUUAAUCCCAACCCCCGUCCCCGCAGGAGGCCUUUUGCCUUUUGGUAGGCUGUCAUUGUAAAUAAGAAUUUGUUCUUAACUGACUUGCCUAGUUAAAUAAAGGUUAAAUAAAAAAUAAAUAAAAAAAGACAUACCAUGCCGAUAUUGAACAUCAAGCCAAUCAUAAUCAUUAUCAUUUUACAUAAUUAAUUCACUACCAAGAGACAUUCAGCUGAUCAGGGUCAUUAUUGACAUGAAGACAAUCACACUAAUCUAUCCGCUGCCAACAGAUUGGAGAUGGAGCAGCAGGGACAUUAGUGAUGUGGCUGUUAAUAAAUACAGUGACUACGGCCAAAGUAGAGCCAAUGGCAGCAGUACAUUCUUAGAAAAAAGGGUUAAGCUGUCCCCAUAGAAUAACCUUUUUUGGUUCCAGGUAGAACCCUUUUUGGUUCCAAGUAGAACCCUUUUGGGUUCUAUGUAGAACCCUCUGUGGAAAGGGUUCUACAUGGAACCAAAAAGGGUUCUACCUGGAACCAAAAGGAUUCUACCUGGAACCAAAAAUAGUUAUUCAAAGGGUUCUCCUAUGGGGACAGCCGAAGAACCCUAUUAGGUUCUAGACAGCACCUUUUGUUCUAAGAAUGUAUAGACUAUACAUUCUUAGAAAAAAAGGUGAUGUCUAGAACCUAACACAUAAAGCCAUCUUCUCCACAUGCCAGGGGCUUUGAUCAGGAGGAGGCUGUCACUGUGCACUUCCCUCUCUAAUGGUCAUCAGUGGCAGCACUGUCUCUGCUAUCUCCCGUAAAGAGGAGGAAACGACCUAAUAUGUAACAAUUCUGUUAAGGCACACUUUCAUCAGGUGACCAGUAGCCUGGCAAAAGUCCUGUGAUAAUAUGUUUACAAUGCAUCGUUCUUUUCACCUUUCCUUGAAGCUACAGUUACAUUAUAUGGAUCAUUCAUGUUUAUGUUUCAUGUCUCUGUUGUUUGACUAGCCAAGUGGACUCAGUGGGUUCCGUGGGGCGCAUGUUCAGUGACCUGCGGCAAGGGUCGCAGGAUCAGGAGGAGGACCUGUGUGAGAACCUCUGUAACGGUGCAGUGCGUGGGACGAGCAGCUGAAAUCCAGAAAUGUGGGAAGAAUCCAUGCCGACGUAAGUCUUGAAUCUAAAGAGAAAUACACAAUAUGGCUGUAAAAUCUGAAUAAUCAUUCUAAUCAUGUGUAAAGGUAUGCUGAAUGUAUUGUGUGUGGGUGUUAUUGUGUAUUUCUGUGUGUGUGUAUCUGCAGCCAAGUGUAAGCGUGAGUGUCCCGAGGGCCGUCCCAGUGAGGACUGUAGCUGCUGUGUGUGUGUGGGCCACAUGCUCCAGGGAGAGGUACUCAGUAUGACCGGUGUCCCCGUGGUGGGGGCCAGGAUAGCGCUGGCCAGCCGACCCAAGAUCAUCCGUGCCCGCACUGACGCCAAGGGCCUCUUCAGGCUCCCAGGGGUGUGCUCCAUCUCCCCCACCCAGCUCUACAUCAGGAAGGAGAAGUUCGCCCCCGCCACUGCAUCCACCUCCAGCAACAGCACCGGGUUAUCCUGGGCACGGGCGGUCCUAAAGUCUGCAGGUGAGAUGUACUAAGUUAGUAAUAUCAACAAAAAGCCCAAUGAUAAAGUAUGUUCUCUAUAUACUUAGUACUGCUUUGAGCCAGUCAGUCUGUCAUUAUAACCAUCCAUCUACUGUAGCCAGACUAUGGGAAGGACAUAUAAAACUACAAUAUGGACCACUGGAGGAAAGUCUGAAGUAGUUGAGUCCGUUACAUGCACAUAUACAUGGAAACUAAAUAAACAUAAAUGUAGUCACAGGGGCAGUAUUUUAACCAUAAUCCCACACAAAUAUUUUUUCUGAAGUAUGGAGACCAACAAGAAACUAUAGGCCUGAUUAAGUUUUAUGGGAUCAUGAUGCCUCGGUGGUACCAUUCACAACAGUCCCAGAGCCAGGUUUUUAAGGAUUUGUUUCCUACUGCUUUGCUUUGCAGAGAAGCCAUACAUUGUAAAGCACCCAGAGGACAAAGUGCGUUAUGAGGGACAGCGUGUGAUGUUAUGCUGCAAGGCAACAGGGUCGCCCAUGCAAGACAAAUACUACUGGUAUGAUAAUGCAUUCCUUUGUUCAUUUGCCAGAAAAAAAUCUUACAAAAGUUUCUUGGAAGCAUGACUAGAUAACACAUUAUAUUAAACAACUUACAAACAUUAGAUUUUCAGUAUAGGUUUUUAAUCGCAUGUUCUUCUCCCCAGGUAUCACAAUGGGACCCUAUUGGACAGGAACGUGUUCAAAUAUGAAGAGGAUCUGGUGCUGAGAGACCUGAAGUCUGAGCAGACAGGACAUUACUACUGUAAAGCCAGCAGCCAAACAGGAAGCAUCAAGUCCUCCCAGGCAUUCCUCAGCGUUAUCGGUACGUAUAGACCCUAUCCAUCAAAUCCUGUACUGUACCUGUAGGAAUGGAUAGUAUGGAAAGACACUGCAGCAAACUGAAUGAGAGCGAGGGGAAAAAAACACAGAAAAUCUACUGUAUCUGUUACAUCAAAUAAAUACACCCAAGAAAAAUAAGAUCAUAAAAUAUCAAGGCCUCCAGAAUCUGGCAGUAUGUGGCGCAGUAAGGUUUUAUUAUGUUUACAUUGGUCGAAAGCAGCCUUUUCUAAACAAAGAUUAUUUACAUUAUUUAUAAUGGACAGUAAAAACCAAAAUCCCACUUCUCCAGAGCUCCCCUUAUUGAAGUGAAAUCCAAGAUUGUCAAUAAAUCCUGUUAGUCAGACAGGUAUGCGUUUCUGCAUCCGUGCGGGGUAGAUACACAUUGUGCGUAUUCCCCAGUUGCUUGUUAGCCACGAGAAAGAUUGACAAAAAGGGGCUGCGGGGGAGUGUGCUAAAGCAAUCAAUCUACAGGAGGAUAUGUUCUGGCUCUGAGUCACAACAGCCUGAGAGAUUUGCCCCUGUGAAUAGAACAACACCUGGUUCACCAAGGCUCUGAGUGAAGAAUGAUUAACCUGCUUUACGCUACCAACCCAGUGUGGUUCCCUUCACUAGGGAACAUUAGGCUACACACCAGUUAGUUAGUUAAUAAAAUAUUCUAUUCAAUUCAUUCAUAUUAAAAGACAGGACUACCAUUUUCUUUUUGUUUCUUUUAGUUGUUGUAAUUUUAAUUCGUUUUUGAAAAAUGCAGAGGGGCCAGGAAAUUACACAUUUGGUUAAUCAGGCUGUUCCAUCUGUCUGCAACAAUCUGCUUAUUUAGAGGAUGGGGAAUUUAACAGGAACACUGGAGCGUAAACUCAGCCAUGAUAUCAUGCACAUGAUUCCUUUUGCCAACAUUUGGUCAACAUUUGGGCGAACAAUAUUCCUUUCUUUCCCAUUCCCAUCUGGAUGCUUGGUGAACAAAUGUUCUCCCCAAGUUCACAUCUAAUUACCCCAUUAUGAAUGUUUUGUAGUGCAACUUGGCUGAUCAUGGAUGUCUCUCAGCAAUGUGAAAAGAAAUAAAGGGUGUGUGUGUGUGUGUGUUUGUGUGUCUGUGUGCGUGUUUGUGUGUGUGUGUGUGUGUGUGUUGUGUGUGUGUGUGUGUGUGUGUGUGUGUGUGUGUGUGUGUGUGUGUGUGUGUGUGUGUGUGUGUGUGUGUGUGUGUGUGUGUGUGUGUGUAUAAGUAACCACCAGAUACAGUGGGGAAAAAAAGUAUUUAGUCAGCCACCAAUUGUGCAAGUUCUCCCACUUAAAAAGAUGAGAGAGGCCUGUAAUUUUCAUCAUAGGUACACGUCGACUAUGACAAACAAAUUGAGAAAAAAAAAUCCAGAAAGUCACAUUGUAGGAUUUUUUAUGAAUUUAUUUGCAAAUUAUGGUGGAAAAUAAAGAUUUGGUCACCUACAAACAAGCAAGAUUUCUGGCUCUCACAGACCUGUAACUUCUUCUUUAAGAGGCUCCUCUGUCCUCCACUCGUUACCUGUAUUAAUGGCACCUGUUUGAACUUGUUAUCAGUAUAAAAGACACCUGUCCACAACCUCAAACAGUCACACUCCAAACUCCACUAUGGCCAAGACCAAAGAGCUGUCAAAGGACACCAGAAACAAAAUUGUAGACCUGCACCAGGCUGGGAAGACUGAAUCUGCAAUAGGUAAGCAGCUUGGUUUGAAGAAAUCAACUGUGGGAGCAAUUAUUAGGAAAUGGAAGACAUACAAAACCACUGAUAAUCUCCCUCGAUCUGGGGCUCCACGCAAGAUCUCACCCCGUGGGGUCAAAAUGAUCACAAGAACGGUGAGCAAAAAUCCCAGAACCACACGGGGGGACCUAGUGAAUGACCUGCAGAGAGCUGGGACCAAAGUAACAAAGCCUACCAUCAGUAACACACUACGCCGCCGGGGACUCAAAUACUGCAGUGCCAGACGUGUCCCCAUGCUUAAGCCAGUACAUGUCCUGGCCCGUCUGAAGUUUGCUAGAGUGCAUUUGGAUGAUCCAGAAGAGGAUUGGGAGAAUGUCAUAUGGUCAGAUGAAACCAAAAUAUAACUUUUUGGUUAAAACUCAACUCGUCGUGUUUGGAGGACAAAGAAUGCUGAGGCAUCCAAAGAACACCAUACCUACUGUGAAGCAUGGGGGUGGAAACAUCAUGCUUUGGGGCUGUUUUUCUGCAAAGGGACCAGGACGACUGAUCCGUGUAAAGGAAAGAAUGAAUGGGGUCAUGUAUCGUGAGAUUUUGAGUGAAAACCUCCUUCCAUCAGCAAGGGCAUUGAAGAUGAAACGUGGCUGGGUCUUUCAGCAUGACAAUGAUCCCAAACACACCGCCCGGGCAACGAAGGAGUGGCUUCGUAAGAAGCAUUUCAAGGUCCUGGAGUGGCCUAGCCAGUCUCCAGAUCUCAACCCCAUAGAAAAUCUUUGGAGGGAGUUGAAAGUCCAUGUUGUCCAGCGACAGCCCCAAAACAUCACUGCUCUAGAGGAGAUCUGCAUGGAGGAAUGGGCCAAAAUACCAGCAACAGUGUGUGAAAACCUUGUGAAGACUUACAGAAAACGUUUGACCUGUGUCAUUGCCAACAAAGGGUAUAUAACAAAGUAUUGAGAAACUUUUGUUAUUGACCAAAUACUUAUUUUCCUCCUACAAUGUGAUUUUCUGGAGAAAAAAAUUCUCAUUUUGUCUGUCAUAGUUGACGUGUACCUAUGAUGAAAAUUACAGGCCUCUCUCAUCUUUUUAAGUGGGAGAACUUGCACAAUUGGUGGCUGACUAAAUACUUUUUUCCCCACUGUACAUGUAAGAAAAAUUGUACAAUUUUUCCAACAAUAAUUACACACAAAUGCAUACUAAUUACACACAAUUAUACUAAUGCUACUUAUGAAAACGGAAUUAUAGGUAAUUAAACAUCAAUUUGGUUGGUUAAUGGGAAGUGUGACAGAGUGGGCCAUUUGCAUCUGUAAUUUUGUAUGAGUGAAUGACUAUACAAAACAUUAAGAACUGCUCUUUCCAUGACAUAGACUGACCAGGUGAAUCCAGGUGAAAGAUAUGAUCCCUUAUUGAUGUCACUUGUUAAAUCCACUCCAAUCAGUGUAGAUUAAGGGGAGGAGACAGGUUAAAGAAGGAUCUUUAAGCCUUGAGACAAUUGAGACAUGGAUUGUGUAUGUGUGCCACUCAGAGGGUGAAUUGGCAAAACAAAAAUGUAAGUGCCUUUGAACGGGGUAUGUUAGUAGGUGCCAUGCGCACCAGUUUGUGUCAAGAACUGCAAUGCUGCUGGGUUUUUCACGCUCAACAGUUUCCUGUGUGUAUCAAGAAUGGUCCACCACCCAAAGGACAUCAAGCCAACUUGACACAACUGUGGGAAGCAUUGGAGUCAACAUGGGCCAGCAUCCCUGUGGAACGCUUUCGACACCUUGUAGAAUCCAUUGAGGUUGUUCUGAGGGUAAAAGGGGGGAUGCAACUCAAUAUUAGGAAGGUGUUCCUAAUUUUUGGUAUACUCAGUGCAUAAUGUGCAUACAUUAUGCAUGUGUGUGUUUACAUCCAUAAAACAUGAGUGCAAUAUCAUAGCUAACUCUAUGCACUGUGUAUUCCACAGCUAAAGGCACGCUGGCAUGCAACCCCACACCUGAGAACCACCUCAUUAGGCUGCCUGUGGACUGUGUUCAGCCUGGGACUGACUCUAAGCUCUACAACGCCGGCCGCUGCCCCCACAACAAGUGUGCAGGCUCCCUGGACUUCGACCUGCGCUGCAGGGAUGGAGGUGGCUAUUGCUGCGGGGUCCAGAAGAUGGAGAGCCGGGUGAUCGACUGUGGGAGCUACAGCCUGCCCAUCAAAGCUGUGACUGAGUGUGGAUGCCAGAAGUGUGUGGUGCCCAAGGUGCUUGUACGUGGCAGGGUGGUCACAGCUGACAAUGAUGAACCACUGCGUUUCGGGCACAUGUACAUUGGCAAGGAGAGAGUGGGCACCACAGGGUACAAAGGAGGCUUCACGCUCAAUAUAACCCCAGACACAGAGAGGCUGGUGGUCAACUUUGUGGAUCCCACAGAAAAAUUCAUUGACACUCCUAAGGUGUUUAUCUUUGACAAGAGAGGGGGCUCUGUUUACCAUGACGUGAAGGUGAUGAGAAAGCAGGAACCCAUUGAUAUCAAUGCUGGAGAGACAAAUACCAUUGACUUAGGAGAAAUCAAAGGAGAGGACCCCAUUGGACAGAUUGUCAUACCUCCAAAUUCUUUCCACAAAAACAAUGGGGAGGUGUACGAAGGUACGGUGAAAGCCAGUGUCACCUUCAUUGACCCCAGGAACAUCACCACAGCUGCUGCAGCGCCUGGUGAUCUCAACUUUGUGGACGAUGAGGGUGACAUGCUUCCACUGAGGACAUAUGGGAUGUUUUCCGUUGACUUCAGAGAUGAAACGAACCAGGAAUUCCUGGGGGCUGGAGCAGUCCAAGUACUCCUAGACACGCAGCACGUCAAAAUGCAAGAGCACAUUCCCAAAAUGAAACUGUGGUCCCUCAACCCAGACACAGGUGUCUGGGAGGAGGAGAGUGACUUUCACUACACUCAGACCACAUCUGGUGGUAAUGGACGGAGCAAGCGAGAGGAGCGCACUUUCCUCAUAGGUAAUAUGGAAAUCAGGGAGCGUCGACUUUUCAACCUGGAUGUGCCUGAGAACCGCCGCUGCUACGUCAAAGUGAGGGCGUACAUGAGUGACAAAUUCCUGGCCACUGAGCAGUUGGAAGGUGUGGUCAUCAGCCUGAUAAACCUGGAGCCCAAGCCUGGAUUUUCCUCUAACCCCAGAGCAUGGGGUCGCUUUGACAGUGUGAUAACCGGACCCAACGGAGCCUGCCUGCCAGCUUUCUGUGAUGCUCAGGUGCCUGAUGCUUACACAGCUUACGUCACAGGCAUUAUGGGUGGUGAAGAACUGGAAGCAGCUCCCUCAACUCCCAAGAUGAACCCAAACAUCAUUGGAGUGUCUCAGCCAUACUUAGACAAGAUAGACUACCAGCGUUCAGACCACGAUGAUCCAGCUCUCAAGAAAACAGCCUUCAGAAUCAACUUGGCAAAACCCAACCCCAAUAAUUUGGAAGAGACCAACGGGCCAAUAUACCCCUAUCAGAGUUUAAUAGCCUGUGAAAAUGCUGAAAUCAAUGCCAACCAUUUCCGAUUCUUCCGAGUGGAAAAGGACAAAUACGAAUAUAACGUUGUGCCCUUUCAAGAGAACGACUUAACAUCGUGGACAGGUGACUACCUCUCUUGGUGGCCCAACCCUCAGGAGUUCAGGGCUUGCUUCAUCAAGGUCAAGAUCCAGGGGCAAAGGGAGGUCAUGAUAAGGUCACAGAACCAUGGAGGCACACACCCUGAGACUGUAGGCCAGCUGUACGGCAUCAGAGACAUCCGCAGCACCCGUGACAUGCACGUGACCAACAUCUCCGCAGCUUGCCUCGAGUUCAAGUGCAGUGGCAUGCUCUUCGACCAAGCCGCAGUCGAUAGGUCCCUCGUAUCAGUCCUCCCACAGGGCAACUGUCGGAGAGUGGGCAUCAACAGCCUCUUAAAGGAGUACCUGACCAAGCACCCCCCUACCUCACCGAACAACGAGUCACAUGCCUUCAACAUUCUGGCCCCCGUCGACCCCUUGGGGCACAACUAUGGGAUCUACACAGUCACGGACCAGAACCCAAGGGUGGCAAAGGAGAUCGCCAUUGGACGCUGUUUUGAUGGUACCUCUGACGGCUUCUCUAGAGAGAUGAAAUCAGACACUGGAGUUGCUCUGACCUUCAGCUGCCCAGAAAGGACUGUGCCCAGGGAGAGUCUCUUCCAACGCCUCCAGACGAACCCCAGCCAGACCCUGUCUCAGAUGGCCCGGGACAUGAGGGAAGCGCAGGGGCUGCAGGUCAGAGGAAGGUCCUCCCGGGUAGUGACCUACCCCUCUGGGUCCACUAGCCGCAGAUCCAGCUCCUCUACCAGGAGGAGAUCUACGAUGCGGACACAGGACAGGCAGUAG